ACGUCAAACCAAAAUCAAGUUGAACUUCAGCUGAGUGUUAUUACGUAGACGCAAAUAAAUUAAAUACUAAAAACAUGUUUCGUAAUUCGAUAAAAUCAUGUUUGAUCAGCCGAAAUCCAGAAUUUCAGAGAUGCAAGCACACGGCGAAGCUGGAGGCUAUACGAGAGAAACUCCGCGAGGGACCCGGGCUAUCGGAUUUCAUAGCGGAGGACAGACCCAAAGACUGGGAAGAGUAUGAAGGGAAACUGAAACGGGAGAAGGGAGAACAGGAACGUUUGAGGCUUCCACCGUGGUUGAAGACCUCUAUACCAACAGGGUCAAAGUUCAACGAGGUAAAGGAGCAACUACGCAGCCUGAAGCUUAGUACAGUGUGCGAGGAGGCCCGCUGUCCAAACAUCGGGGAAUGUUGGAGCGGGGGCAAGCAGGGCAUGUCUACUGCUACAAUUAUGCUCAUGGGUGACACUUGCACGCGAGGCUGCAUGUUCUGCUCCGUGAAAACGUCGCGCGCGCCGCCGCCGCUGGACCCGCUGGAGCCGCGCCACACGGCCGCCGCCGUCGCACAGUGGGGCCUCGGGUACAUUGUGCUGACCUCAGUCGAUAGAGACGAUUUGCCGGAUGGAGGAUCAGCUCACUUCGCAGAAACAGUUAGAGAAAUAAAAAGACAGAACAAGGAGAUACUAGUAGAAUGCCUAGUGCCCGAUUUCAGAGGGAAUCGCGACUGCAUCGACACCAUAGCCAACUGUGGUCUGGACGUGUUCGCGCACAACAUUGAGACCGUGGAGCGACUGACGCCUUUCGUCCGGGACCGGAGGGCAGGGUACCGGCAAACGCUGAAAGUGCUAGAAACUGCCAAGGAAAUGAACCCCGAUCUUGUCACUAAGACGUCUAUCAUGCUGGGUCUGGGCGAGACAGAUGAGCAAGUCGAGCAGACCAUGAAAGACCUGCGCUCCGUAGGCGUAGACUGCCUCACGCUCGGCCAAUACAUGCAGCCAACGAAGCGCCACCUCAAAGUGUUCGAAUACGUGACCCCCGCCAAGUUCCAACACUGGGAACGCAGAGGCAACGAACUAGGGUUCCUGUAUACCGCUAGUGGGCCACUCGUUAGAUCCUCUUACAGAGCUGGGGAGUUCUUUAUCACUAGCCUGUUGAAAGACAAGAAGGCGAAAAGCUUGUGACCUGAAUACGAUUUAGCUAAUCAUUUUAAUACGUAGGUACUAGUAGCUCGGUGAGCUGUAGACCUCUCUUAGAAAAUGUAAAAGUGAAAAAUACUUGGUUGAGUCGUUAUUACAGUGAACUCCAUUUCAGCGCCAUUGUAGAUGCUAUUGGCGCUUAACUCCGCACUUUGAAAAUUUUCCAAAAUCUGGAUCGACAAAAAAAAUAUUUUUAAUCUGGUCAUAAAGUUUCACGAGAAUCAGUUAAGAAUUGUGACUUGUAGAGGAGAACAUCGGGACAUACGAAAGCAAAAUGCCCGAGUCAAAACGGAGACCUUCGCUAACGCUACAGUCAAUGAUCAUUUCAUAAUUUAAUACUGAAGUAGGCCCCAAUCGGAUCCAUUGUGAAUGUUGUUCAUCAGUUUUUAAUGUUUUAUUUCCAAUUAACUAGAGAUAAUAUUAGGAAAAGUUUAUUUUCAAUUGCUUUGUUUAAUGUUCAUACUAAGAGCGGUAUUGUAAACACGACCAGAAUGCCAUGAGCCAUGAAUUUAAAAAUAACUUUAUUCAUAAUAAGUUAUAGAAUUCAUACCAGUAGGAUGAGUUUGAGAUUAAUAUGAAGUUCCUUCUACCAUUUUGUAGUUACAAACUUCGUUCAAAAAUUAUUCAACAUGGAUAUUGAAUAAUUGGGUGGAUUAAUUUGACAAGGAACUAAAAGAAAUACUCCGUCAUUUCACUUUUAGGAAAUAAUGACGACAAAUAUACUUUAGG